GUCACUUGCCGUCGGAUGCCAGUUUGCCGCUGGGGCCUCUCACGUGCACCAGCAUAGGAUGCGGUCAUCAUGUUUCCGACAUACUAUCGCGAGCUAGCCCGGGCUGCUUUCGCAUAUCCUGCAAUCGACAACCAUGCUCACCCGUUACUAACCGAAGAACAUCGUAAUAUAUUCCCUUUCGAAGGUUCCUAUUCAGAGGCUGCCGGAGAGGCGCUCACAGAUGACUCUGUCCAUACGCUCGCAUGCUAUAGGUCGACAUUCCAACUAGCCAAAUUAUUUGGUCUAAAAAGUGGCGAGGACAAUUGGGAAGCUGUCAAGAAGAAGAGGUCCAGCUUGGACUAUGCACAUCUCUGCAAGAUCUGCAUGCAACCCUCGGGCAUUCAGUGUAUCCUCAUAGACGAUGGGUUAUCUGGAGCCCGCGAUUUCGCAGAGGGAUACAAGUGGCAUGAUCAUUUCACUUUCAGUCCGACGAGAAGGAUCGUGCGCAUUGAAGUGGAAGCUCAGAAUAUGUUGCUAGAUUUAGUCCGUUCCAUGCUGUACGAGGUGGACCCUUCGACGGUCAGUAACCUUUUAGUUACCUUCAGUCAUAACUUCGAGGCAAGGAUCGUCACCUGUGCCAACGACACUGAAGUUGCUGGGUUCAAGUCCAUCGCCUGCUACCGCACUGGCCUUGACAUUUCAACGUCCGGAGCCAAAGAAGACGUUGAAAAGAGUCUUCUGGAGGCUUGGACAGAGUACAAAGAGACAAGCGACCUCCAGUUCAAGCACAAGGGACUUAACGACCACCUUGUUCGUAUCGUUCUGCGGAUUGCUGGUCGAUAUCGAAAGCCAGUACAAUUUCAUACUGGACUCGGGGACAACGACAUCACACUCACAAAAUCAUCGCCAGCUCACAUGCAACCCGUCAUUAAAGCGUUCCCCGAGACAACCUUUAUCCUCCUCCACACCAGCUACCCCUACACUCGCGAUGCAGGUUAUCUGACCGCUGUGUACAAAAACGUUUAUUUGGAUUUCGGGGAAAUUUUUCCUUGCCUUUCGGCGGACGGCCAGCGUGCCACUGUCAAGCAGAUUUUGGAACUUUCUCCGACCAACAAAAUAUUGUGGUCUACGGAUGGGCACUGGUGGCCCGAAACGUACUAUCUCGCUAGCAUGCAAUCACGACAAGUCCUCUACGAUGUCUUCGCAGAUUGCGUUCGCCGGGAAGAACUGACCGAAACGCAGGCUGCUUCGAUUAUCGAGAAAAUGCUUUUCCACAACUCCAAUAGGGUAUACGGGUUGGGAUUAACACCUAAACUUGAUAUAAUCAUGUGAUUGGUGAAGAACAACCUUCAAAUUUAAAGUAUCCGAAUCCUACUUGUGUCUCACGAGCUCUUGAGGUCAACAUUCACAACACCGCAGGUAAAGUGGGCUUUACGAGAAAUUAUAAGAAGUGGAGAAUCCCGUCGAGCUACAUAUCUCGUAACUCAGUGGUAGUAUAGGGAUAAGUGGUGGAUAAAU